CUCCGUUUCCUGUGUUAUGUUUUAGAGCCCAGUUCUGAGGACACUGCUCCCUCCGUGAAUCACCAUCCAGCUCUGUGUUUGAACAUUGCUCCUGCUGCUGCUGUCACUGUAGGACUCAGAGAUCUGUCUGCACGAUGGACGGAGGACACCGCUGAGGAUCCAUGUGUCCAUGCUGUCUGCUGGAGUUUAUCAGGAUUAUCUGCUGGAAACUUGGAUUUUUGUUCUCUGGCUUUAGAGACAACAAGAGAGUUUUUUUGAAACAGUGUGAACUUCACUGAGGUUCGCACAAAAACUGGAUCGCAGGGAAUACGCCAGAGAAGACUGAAGGCAGAGGAUGGGGAGCCGGGGGCACCGGUACCACUGGCAGAGCCACAAUGUCAAACUCAGCGGAGUGGAUGACAUGGUGCUGCUCAGCAAGAUCAACGAGGACGCCAUCGUGGACAACCUCAAGAAGAGAUACAUGGAUGAUUACAUCUUUACAUAUAUCGGUCCUGUGCUCAUCUCCGUCAACCCUUUCAAGCAGAUGCCAUACUUUGGGGAAAAAGAAGUUGAGAUGUAUCAGGGAGCAGCUCAGUAUGAGAACCCUCCUCACAUCUACGCUCUGGCAGACAACAUGUACAGGAACAUGAUGAUCGACACUGAGAACCAAUGUGUCAUCAUCAGCGGAGAGAGUGGAGCAGGGAAGACUGUGGCAGCCAAAUAUAUCAUGAGCUACAUCUCCAGAGUGUCAGGGGGCGGACCCAAAGUACAGCACGUCAAAGACAUCAUCCUGCAGUCCAACCCGCUGCUAGAGGCCUUCGGCAACGCCAAGACCGUGAGGAACAACAACUCCAGUAGAUUUGGGAAAUACUUUGAGAUCCAGUUCAGCUCCGGUGGCGAACCAGACGGAGGGAAAAUCUCCAACUUCCUCCUGGAGAAGUCACGUGUCGUCAUGAGGAAUCCUGGAGAGAGGAGUUUCCAUAUAUUCUAUCAGUUGAUUGAAGGAGCCAGUGGAGAGCAGAAGAGCAGCCUGGGAAUCACAAGCCUGGAUUACUACACUUACCUCAAUCAGUCUGGUUCCUACAAAGUGGACGACAUCAACGACAAGAGUGACUUCCAGGAGACGACGCAUGCCAUGGAUGUGAUCGGCAUCGCAGCAGAGGACCGCUCCAUGGUGCUUCAGAUUGUGGCUGGAGUCCUACACCUGGGAAACAUCAGUUUCAAGGAAGCAGGCAACUACGCUGCUGUGGAGAGUGAAGAGUUUCUAGCCUUUCCUGCGUUUCUGCUUGGCAUUGAUCAGAACCGUCUGAAGGAAAAACUGACGAGUCGGAAGAUGGACAGCAAGUGGGGAAGUAAAGUGGAGUCCAUCGAUGUGACGCUGAACGUGGAGCAGGCGUGUUACACACGUGACGCCGUCUCCAAAGCCCUGCAUUCACGAGUGUUUGACUUCCUUGUCGAGUCCAUCAACACAGCCAUUGUGAAAGAUCAUCAGGAUUUUAAUAUCGGAGUGCUGGACAUUUACGGAUUUGAAAUUUUCCAAAAAAAUGGAUUUGAACAGUUCUGCAUCAACUUUGUGAAUGAGAAACUGCAGCAGAUAUUCAUCGAGCUGACUCUGAAGGCAGAGCAGGAGGAGUAUGUGCAGGAGGGCAUCAAGUGGACUCAGAUUGAUUACUUCAACAACAAGAUCGUCUGUGAUCUCAUUGAGAGCAAAAGUCCUCCUGGCAUCAUGUGUAUCCUGGAUGAUGUGUGCGCCACCAUGCACGCGGUGGGCGAGGGGGCCGACCAGACGAUGCUGCAGAAGCUCCGAGUCGCGAUCAACACCCAUGAGCACUUCAACAGCUGGAACCAGGGCUUCAUCAUCCACCACUACGCUGGCAAGGUGUCCUAUGAUGCCGAGGGUUUCUGCGAGAGGAACCGAGACGUCCUUUUUUCUGACCUCAUUGAGCUGAUGCAGAGCAGUGAAAUCGCCUUCAUCAGAGGACUGUUUCAAGAAAACCUCAACGCUGAAAAGAAGGGUCGACCCACAACUGCAGGCAGCAAAAUAAAGAAACAAGCCAACGAUUUGGUGAGCACACUGAUGAAAUGUACUCCACACUACAUCCGCUGCAUCAAACCUAACGAAACCAAGAAGCCCAGAGACUGGGAAGAGAGCCGAGUAAAGCACCAAGUGGAGUACCUGGGUCUAAAGGAAAACAUCAGGGUGAGGCGUGCUGGCUAUGCCUACCGCAGAGUUUUCAAGAAGUUUCUACAAAGGUACGCCAUCCUGACCAAAGAGUCCUGGCCAACGUGGCGAGGAGACGAGAAACAAGGCGUCCAUCAUCUCUUAGGGUCUGUCAACAUGGACAAGGAUCAGUUCCAGCUUGGACGCACCAAGAUCUUCAUUAAAGCCCCCGAGUCGCUCUUUCUGCUGGAAGAGACGAGAGAGCGCAAGUUUGACGGCUACGCCAGGACCAUCCAAAGAGCCUGGAGGAAAUACAUGGCCCGCAAGAAGUAUGUCCAGAUGAGGGAAGAAGCUUCUGACCUGCUGUUGAACCGGAAGGAGAGGCGGCGACACAGCCUCAACAGAAACUUCGUAGGUGACUACCUGGGCAUGGACGACAGGCCGGAGCUACGGCAGUUCCUGGCCAAGAGAGAAAAGAUCGACUUCGCAGACAAAGUCACAAAAUAUGACCGCCGCUUCAAGGGGAUCAAGAGGGACUUGAUCCUGACCCCAAAGUCUGUGUACCUGAUCGGAAGAGAAAAGGUGAAACAGGGACCAGAGAAAGGGCAGGUGACAGAGGUGCUGAAGAGGCGGAUUGAUGUGGACAAGAUCCUGGCAUUGUCUCUCAGUACGAUGCAGGACGACUUCAUGAUACUGCACGAGCAGGAGUACGACAGCCUGCUGGAGUGCAUCUUUAAGACGGAGUUCAUCAGCUUACUGGACCGCAGGUUUGAGGAGAAAACCCAAAGGAAGCUACCACUCAAGUUUAGUAACACACUGGAGUUGAAGUUGAAGAAGGAGAACUGGGGCUUCUUGAGCGGGGGUGGCUCCCGGCAGGUGUUGUUCGUCGGGGGUCAGGGAGACCAGCCUGUACUGAAGCCGACUAGCAAAUCUCUGCAGGUCAGCAUCGGCCCCGGGCUGCCGAAGAACACGCGCCCCACCAGGAAGAGCUUCUCUCAGGUUCGCUCCUCCAAUGCGUCCAGACCUCACCAGAACACCCCCUCGAGGGCGGCACCUGGACCUCCAGUUGCUCACCAGAAUGGUGGCCUUAAAAACACCAACCACGCAGCCAAUCAGAGGAACACGCAGCAUCACGGCCAGAAGCAUCCCCCGCAAGCCAACGCAACGCGCCCCUUCCUGCCCAGCAACGGCAACCAGCUGAAGGAGCGAGGAGGCAGCCGGCAGCAGCCCAACCUGGACUGUCUGAAGGUCCCUGAACAAGGAGCUGCAGGCAACGGAGACAGACGACCAACUUCAAAUGGAGGAAUAGCCCACAGACCAUCAGCCAGCAGGCCUGCGCCGGGAGGAGGGCGACCCAAACCUGCACCCAAACCCAAACCCCAGGUGCCCCAGUGCAAAGCUUUGUACGCCUACGACGCUCAGGACACAGACGAGCUCAGCUUCAAUGCUGACGACGUCAUCGACGUCAUUAAAGAGGAUGCAUCCGGGUGGUGGACAGGACGACUUCGUGGAAAGCAGGGACUUUUCCCCAACAACUACGUCACCAAGAUCUAGGAGCUGCCGGUUUACAGCUCGAGGAGGAGAGCCUGCUGCGACCCCGCUGACCCUCUCCGAGGACAGGAUGGAGCUUUUACAGUCAAAGAGAGAAGCACUGCGAGACUCCUUGAGGAGACAAACUCCCUCCACUGCUGCCUCGUAGUAAAAUGAAUGUAACUCUCGGUUACACCACCAGACCAAAAGACCGUCAGGCUUGAAAUGAGGCUUUAAAAGACAAGAGGACUGUUUGACCCUGGGGUCUGUUUUUCUCCACAGUCCCACUGAGUACUGAACAAAACUAUUUAUUGUAUUUAUAGCUUUUCUGUGUUCUCCUUACUGUCAUUUAUAUCUUGCUGAGGAUUUUAAGCUCAAACAUUUUUGAAGCGUUGGAAUGAAGUAUGCUUAAUCUGUGGGACCAGGCUGUGAUUUUUACUCUCAGAUGAAGGUUUGAUCGCUGAAUCAAAAGCGAUCGUCUCAGUGGCAAAAAACUGAAGCGACUGCUGCUUUUUCCAGGAAUAUUUAUUUUGGUGCAAAACUGUAACUACUUACAGGGGACGGCUUUUCAGUAAAUCAUCACACUGUGAUUUUUAAUGAUUUUAAAUACCAAAGCAAUAACAAUUUGUCUGUUCCACAUGUGCAAAAAAAACAAACAUUUAGAAGGCAAGUGGUGAAUCACCUAGAGAGAACCAUCUUUAUUUUGUUGUUGUUUUUGUUUAUCACACCAGUAUAUUUUAGACACAGAGUAGAGGCCAUGUAUACUGUAACCUGAGCAUGCUGUCUGUGGUGUAUUAGCACUUUAUUGGUACAGGUACUACCUUGGACACAGACAUCUUCACUCGUUCAUGCCACAGCCGGUAAGUCAAGUCUAUAUGAAGGUCGCAAAGCGAGCAAUAAACUGCGUUACUGAGGAGAAUCGUUUGUUUACAUGAAAUGAUAAAACAGGCAUUUUAGAUCUGAUUCUGUAUAUGUGUUCAUAUUUUAGGAGUACGCCUGUUUGUCGGUUACAAUUUAAAUUAAUUGUUUUUUUUGUAUUUUCUCUGAAGGAUCUUAGUAUUGUAAUUUUUCUCUGCUGGGCUGCUUUAGUUACAGCUCCGAUAGAUAAUAAUGGUUAUCACACAUUAGGGUGAAUGGAUUUUUGUUUGUGCAAAAAGUUGUUUUUAGGUGAAAGAAAUUUUGUUGACAUUUUUUUCCGUGGCACUACAAAGAAUUCCUUUUUGCUUCUGCUAAACUGUUUCUGCAGAUCUUUUGCACUGCUGUUGCAUUACUUACACAUUCCUUAGUAUUUGUUUUUAAUCAAAUAACCAUACUAUGCUAAAAAAACAGCUGGGACUUCUGUCAUAGAUCUUCUGCAUCAUCGAAUAUAGUUUGAUCUUGGAUGGUUGAAAACAUCCUUGUGCAAUACAAAACAGUAGAUGAGUCUUUUAAUAAAGCAUGUAAUGUAUAUUUAA